UUGGAUGUCAAAUUUGUCAGUUGCUUGUUAGAUGACGUUAUUAGGAACCCAUAGGUGUUCGUGACAUUCAAAAACCAAGUUUAGAUUGUAAUAGCUGUUGAAAUUUUCAAAAACAUGGCAAACAAACCAAGCACUAGUAAACCAAAAAAUGCAGAACCUUCCACACUAGGAAAGCUUUAUCUCAUAGCUUACAACACAAUACAGACUAUAGGGUGGACAUAUUUAUUAUGGCAGUCUCUGAUUUAUUUUUUAAACCGAGGAACAUUAGAUAAUUUUUGGCAUGAAGUAAAAUGGACAGUUUCAAUUUUUCAAAAUGCUGCAAUUCUAGAGGUGGUCCAUGCAGCAAUAAGACUAGUGCCAUCAAGUCCAAUAUUAGUGUUGAUGCAAGUGUAUUCCAGAAUAUUCCUUGUUUGUGGUAUUCUUUUGACAACAGAAUCUGCUGUGGUUAGCCCGGGUCUUCCAAUUUGUGUUCUGGCCUGGUCCAUAACAGAAAUAAUAAGAUAUGCAUACUAUGCCCUCAAUUUGAUCAAUGCUGUCCCACCGACCUUGCUGUUUUUAAGAUACUCAACAUUCUUGGUUCUCUAUCCUUUUGGCAUCACAGGCGAGUUGCUGUGCAUGUAUUAUUCACUCGAGGAAGUGGCUAAGAAGCAGUUGUUCACAGUGUCCAUGCCGAACCAGUGGAACUUUAUAUUCAACUACCAGUACUUUCUUAUGUUCUACAUGUUUCUGUACAUUCCGCUUUUCCCAGUACUGUUUGGACACAUGCUCAAACAGAGGAAUAAGAUGCUAUCCCUCGAACCCAAAAAAUCACAUUAAGUUUAGUCAAUUUCAUAAUGCAUACUCAGCAAUUUGCUCAAAUAUUAUUUAUAUGAUUUUCUAGUUGUAAUAUGAAUCUAAUUGUAUUCAAUAGAAGCAGAAAUAAUAUAGGAAGCUAGUGGUAAGUUAACUUUUACACUGCUGUGGAACAUUAUUUAAUUUUUAAGUUUGGAAGUUGUUAUACAUAUGCAUUUUUAUGCAUCAUUAGUGUUGUCAUUAUUUUUAAUCGACUAUGCUCUUAAUUUAGAAGUAAUUACAUAUUAAUUAAUUUAAAUAUUGUAAGAACACUUAACCACAUUCUUGAAAAUGUCUUUAUAAUUAUUAUUUAAUUGAAUGAAACCAAUGAAUUGGAAAAGUCACUGGAACUAUUGUUAUAAAACUUAUAUUCUUGGAAAGUUAUCAAUGGGUCGAGGGUAAUUUUGUAUUGACGUUGGUGAUGGGUACAGCUUUUAUCACAUAAAGAUGUUUUAGAAUGUAUUGUAGUAUAUUUAUAAAAACUGCAUUUAUUUUAAACAGCAUAAUAACAAAGUUAUAUUUUAACA